AUGCUGAUCGGAAGAGGUUCCGAAGCUGUCACACAGUCAGCCCAAGCCGUGGCAACUCCGCGUCGCCACGAGCCAGAUCUGAGAGCCAGAGCAACGGUUCGGCAAUCAUUCGUGCCUGACUUGCAUCGUCAAGCCCUUGCACCUCUGCCGUUCUCCUUGCACACGUUCGUCUUCGUGUCGAGGGAACAAAUCUCGGACAGCUUCAUUUGCUGCUAG